AUGCCUUCUCGCUUCUCCAGUGGUCAUGCAGAGACUUGUCAGGCCCUGUUGCGGUACAACUGCGACGUGGAUGCCCUCUGCCGCAACCACUCUAGCCCAUUGGCCCUCGCCGCCCGUGCUGGCCACGUCGGUUGCAUGCGCGUUCUCAUUCACCACGAUGCUACCGUUGAUCUCAAAAAUCUACGCCGCGAAACCAUUCUGCACUUUAUCUGCGGUCGACCCAAUGUCAAGCGCCAAGCUGUUAAAAUGCUGAUCGAGGCCGGUGCCGACGUGAAUGCUCAGAGUCUCGAGUCUCGGACCUGUCUUCGAGCGGCCGCUUAUGCUGGCAAUGCUGAAGCUGCGUCCCUGCUGCUCUGUGCGGGAGCCAACCCUACGAUCCACAACAACUCUGAUGCCUCGCCUUUGGCCGUGGCACGCCAGCGGGGCCACGGCGAUGUGGAGCAAGUCUUGCUUGCCGUGGAUCUUUUCCACACGGGCCUACCCGAGACAGGCGUGCCCACGCUGGAGGCGCUCUGUGUGGCACGGGCACGAACCAUGCAUGCCGAGGCUGGCCAUGACCAUCGGGUGCUGCUAGCCAACCGUCUUCCCUUGGCUUGCAAGCGGCUCCUCGUUCUCAAUAAUCCUUAUCUUUCCCGGGACCUCAAUCUCAUCGCCGAGCGAUCUUGA